UCAUACAACAUUUAGCUUCUACAACUCCGGGAUAUGGCUAUGGUUACAUCAUUGGUGAACGAAAGGCCUGUGGUUAUAUUUAGCAAAAGCUCUUGCUGUAUGUGCCACACCAUUAAGACACUGAUCAGCAAUUUUGGUGCAAAUCCUACCGUUUAUGAGUUAGAUGAACAUCCAGAUGGGAAACAGUUAGAGAAGGAAUUAAGAGGGCUAGGGUGCAAGCCAAGUGUACCAGCUGUAUUCAUAGGAGAGAAGCUGAUUGGCGGUGCUAAUGAAAUAAUGAGCCUUCAUCUUAAGGGUCAACUGGUACAGUUGCUCCUCAAGGCUAAUGCUAUAUGGGUUUAGUUGAACAUAGACAAGCCUAAGUAUGAAAAGCAGUUUGAUGACUUUCUAAUGUUAGAAUAUAACAAGUACGUUUUUCAGUAAACUGAUGUGCUAACUUCCAUUUGUAACUUAUCUAGUU